CGUGGGCAGCGCGUCAUGUGACCUGCGGCGCUGCGGGCAGGAGGCCAUGGCCGCCCCCCGCCCUCCCCGGGUGGUGCCGGGCGAAGCCUCCGAGAGCGACUCGGAGCCGGAGCUGCUGGUGGAGACGUCCGGGGAGCCCCCCGGGGCCGGGCUGAAGGUGCCGGGCGAAGCCUCCGAGACGGACGAGGAGGAGGAGCAGCAGAGGCCGAAGACGCCGCCGGUGCUGGCGGAGGAGCCGGCGGCCGUGUGGGGGGGCGGCCCCUCGCUGCUGCAGCAGCGGCUGCGGGAGGGCACGGGGCGGCUGCGGGGCGCGGUGGGCAGCGCGCUCCGGCACAGCUACGGCAGCGCCGCCCGCAGCCUGGGCGGGCUCGGGGGCGCCCUGGGCCGGGCGCAGGUGACCGCGGCUGCGGCAGCGCACUGCCUGCGCCUGGCCCGCCGCGACCUGCGGGCUGUGGCCGACACCAUCGACAUCGUCACUGCGUGUCACCUCCUGCCCGACAUCCGCGGGCAGCUCUGACCGGCACGGCCGGGGCACCGCCUGCAGCAUCCCCACUGAACGGCACCAGCGGCGGCACCGACGCCUGGCAGAUAUCCACGGGCAGCUGCCAGCAGCACUGCUGUCCUCGGCAUCGCCAGUGCCAUAAUGGGGUCAUCACCAGCAGGACCAUCAGUGCAGCAUCCUGCCGAGGUUGAAGUUGUGAUGACAUCGAGUCAUGUUUGCAGCACCUCACGCUGACCCUGAAGAUCUCACCACGGUGGCAUCAUCACCAGUGUACCACGGUGACACCAAACAGUGGCUUUGGCACAGAGACUACCAGCCUGGUGCCCCAGGACCUGCAUGAUCAGGUGACAUCUUCACUGCUGGUCCCCUGGCCAGCUGCCGCCAUCCCAGAACUGCAGCCUGGUGCUGGCUCAUCACCAUUGUCCCCAAAUGCCACUGUUUUAUGUGACAUGGAACUGAAUAAAGCCAUGGUGGCGUCAGA